AUGGCCAUUGCUCACCUGGCCCUGAUUCAUCUGCUGAUGCUCAUAAUCAGGGUGUUCCUGGAUAUAGACAUUUUGGGGGUUCAGGAUAUUUGGAACGACAUCACAUGUAAAGCCAUCAUCUACCUGUAUAGGCUGAUGAGGAGCCUGUGGGUCUGCACCCCCUGCCUGCUGAGUGCCCUGCAGGCCACCACCCCCAGCUCCAGAGGAUCUUUUCUGGCCAAGUUCCAGCUCACGUCCCCACAGCACAGUCUGUGGUACUUUCUCAUUCUCUGGGUGUUCAACAUGUUCAUUAACAUUCGUAUUUUAGUCUCUAUUGGAGGCCCCUCCAAUGACACAUCAGAUGUUUGGUUUUCCACUAAAUCCUGCAGGGUUUCCCCCACAGGUUACUAUUACAGGAUCUUAUUUUCCCUGGUAGGAAUACUCCGGGACAUCUUUCUUCACAGGCUCAUGGCCCUCUCCAGUGGGUAUAUGGUGGCUUUCCUUUGGAGGCAUAAGAGGCAGUGCCAGCACCUUCACAGCACCAGCAGGAUUGCACAAGCCUCCCCAGAGCAGAGGGCCACUAGGACCAUCCUGCUCCUCAUGGGUUCCUUUGUGGUCAUGUACUUUGUGGACUGUAUGAUCUCCUCCUCUUACAGUAAAAUGCAGAAGAAGGAUCUGGUUCGCCUUGUGUUCCAGAUGCUGGUGGGCAAUGGCUACACCACCGUCAGUGCUAUGAUGCUCAUUAUACCAAAAAACGAAUAA